AUGGCCAGCAAAGCAGCGUUGAAGCGGCCGCAGGACUUUGUCGACUUCCUGAAUGCCUCCCCGACUCCUUUUCACGCUGUGCGAUCCGCAAAGCUGCGGCUCGAGGCGGCGGGGUUCAAGGCCAUCAAGGAACGAGACAACUGGAACUCAACCCUCUCACCCGGCGGCAAGUACUACCUGACCCGAAAUGCCUCGACGAUUGUGGCGUUUGCCAUCGGCAGCAAGUGGAAGCCCGGCAAUCCCGUGGGAAUGGUUGGUGCUCACACAGACUCGCCGUGCUUGCGGAUCAAGCCUGUGAGCAAGCGCUCCGCCGACGGAUUCUUGCAGCUUGGUGUGGAAACGUAUGGCGGUGGAUUAUGGCACACCUGGUUUGACCGCGACCUGGGCGUUGCAGGUCGCGUGAUGGUCAAGGGCGAGGACAGCUCCGUGGAGAUGAAGCUGGUGCGCAUCAACAAGCCCAUCUGCCGCAUUCCCAACCUGGCCGUACACUUUGGCGGCUCCGAACCAUUCGAAUUCAACAAGGAGAACCAGCUGUUCCCCAUCACAGGGCUCGUGUCUGCCGAGCUGAACAGGACUGGCAAGUCCGCCGAGGAGACGGCGAGGGAGGAGAGCAGGCAAGAUAAGGAUGGUGCAUUCAACCCUCUCAAAACCCCGACCCAGAGACAUCACCCUUAUCUCAUCUCUCUCAUCGCCGAGGAUGCAGGCGUCAAGGCAGAGGACAUCAUCGACUUUGAGCUCGUCCUCUUCGACACCCAACCAUCAUGCAUCGGCGGCAUCAACGACGAGCUCAUCUUCUCCGCACGCUUGGACAACCUGGGCAUGACCUACUGUGCUGUUGAAGGUUUGAUUCAGUCUGUGGCCUCCCCAUCUGCCCUUCAAAACGAUCCUACCAUCCGACUCAUCGCCUGCUUUGACCACGAGGAGAUUGGCUCGCAGUCCGCUCAGGGGGCCGAUUCAAACAUGCUGCCUGCUGUCAUUCGUCGUCUUUCCGUACUCCCAUCUUCCGCGACUGAUAGCGAGAAGAGCUACGACAAAGUCUCCAACGCCGACGUCGACAACAGCACGGCCUACGAGCAGACUCUCUCCACUUCCUUCCUCAUCUCUGCAGACAUGGCGCACUCGGUCAAUCCCAACUACGGCGCCAAGUACGAGAGCGAGCACAGACCUCACAUGAACGAAGGAACUGUCAUCAAGAUCAACGCAAACGUUCGAUACGCGACCAACUCGCCCGGAAUCGUUCUCCUACAGGAGUGUGCCAGAAGAGCGAAAGCCUCCGCCUAUCAGCUUCCUGGCGCAAAGACAAGUCAAGGCGGCGUACCUCUCCAACUGUUCGUCGUGAGGAACGACUCGAGAUGUGGAAGCACCAUCGGUCCUAUGCUCUCAGCAGCACUAGGUGCCAGGACAAUCGACGUUGGAAACCCACAACUUGCGAUGCACUCCAUUCGGGAGACUUGUGGUGCGUAUGACGCAGAGCACGGUGUGAAUUUGUUUGAUGGAUUCUUUGAGAACUUCGGAGAGCUGGAGCCAAAGAUUAUGGUUGAUUGA